AUGGAGGACCGCUUGAGGGAGAUCCUCGAGGAGACAAAACCGAUCACUCGCCCAAAGAAGGCAGCAGCACCUCAGCAGAUGCCAGCAACACCGAAGCAGCUGCCAACACCAAAGCGGACAGCGCAGCCGUCCUCCAAUGCAACACCGAAGCAGACCGAUGCGGCGUCUCCUGCUGUAAGGCAGACGGCUCUUGCACACCGCAACAAGGAUGGAUCACUGUACAAGCACGCCUCUGCGCCGGGCGCCCUGCCAGCGCGUCAGCAGCCCUCAGAGGCCCAACAGCUCAGGGGCCUUCCCACACGAGCAGCAGCCUUCGCCAUUCCAGCUGCCCAGAGAGUGCCCAGCGGGCAGCCCAAGCAGGGCAGCGCACCCUUCAGCUUCCUGGCGCCGCCGUCGCAGCAGGAACAGGAGCUGCGCAGCGUUCUGCUGUCAAAAUGGGCUGGGCCGGGGUUUUCUCUGCCCCCCACACCUGAAGCCCUGCCCAUGCCCAGCGCUAGCCUGCUGGCGUCCAAGAAAAAGAAAGGCUCCUAA